AUCAUCUAAUAUGAAACAAUAUACUAUAUAAUUCGCUGUCGGUAGUAAAGCCAAAGCGUAUGGGGAGUGACCAUAGACAGUAAAAGAUAGGGAGUGACGUAGGCAAAGAAAACAUGGCUUAGUUGGAUGUGGGCGGGGCUUGAUGCCAAGCCUUCCCGCAGGCUGCAGCCAGCGAGGUGUACUAGUAAACUCCGGUAAACUCAGAAAGUCUCACCUUGACUGUGCACAGAAGUAGGCUACUCUACAAUGACUCAAGGUGAGUUUAAAUUCGGUUUGACUGUUGUCUCAACGUUUUUCUUGCUGCGGACGAAUAUGCUGUUAUGCGAAAUGCAAUGUAAUUUUAUCAGAUAGGCUAGGCCUACAUCUUGCAAAUAACGACAUGAAACGAGGAAAUGGACUGACACUCCACAACAACCUACACUGUUGCUUAAGAAAAAGCAAGGUUUCUGAGAGGGUGGACUGGAGGAAUAAAGAGGAUUUUGCUUUCACAAAAUGAACACAACCAUAAUCCAGGGUGGAAAACGCAGAGAGAGCUGGCAGUUCCAGUCUAGAACACAGUCAGAGAACAUAAAGUGAAGCAGACAAAAACUAAGAACUAAAGUCUGAAAUGUCCAGAUUCACGGAAUCAGCCCAACUGCCUGUGACCGUGAAGGAGAUAAAAAAAGAAGAAUGUGAUUAUUUGCCACAAGACUAUCUGUUUGCAAGUGGGAAAGUGGGAGAAAAGCUUGGGCUGGAACAUGACUACAAGACUGAGACAGACACAACUUCAUCCUUGACCUGCAAAGAAAAAACAUAUUCACCAAUGAAAAUUAAACAGGAGGAAGAAACUGACUUAAGAGAAUAUGGUUAUGAUGACUCUUCUCCUUCAAGAGACGUUCUAAGGAACCAAUCUAACAGAAGAGGGAGUGCUAAGGAAAAAAUAAACAAACAGAGAUGUCUCAGAAGCUCCCGGUGCAGGACGAUCUCAAGCCAGAAAUUAAAUCACCGAUCGGACACCGGAGAGAAACAAAAUGAAUGUUCCCACUGUUUUAAAACCUUUGCUGGUUCUUCCGCACUUGCAAAUCAUCAACAAAUACACACAGGAGAAAAGCUCCAUCGGUGCUCAGAGUGUGGAAGGACCUUCAGUCACAUAGGUAAUCUCAGGAGACAUCAAAUGAUUCACACAGGGGAAAAGCCCCAUCAUUGCACUACAUGUGGAAUGGAUUUUAGGAGUAGCUCAGAUCUCGCAGUCCAUCAGAUUACACAUACUGGAGAAAAGCCCCAUCACUGUUCCGAGUGUGGAAAGACCUUUAAUCUCAUGUUCAGUCUCAAGAGACACCAGAUGAUCCAUUCUGGGGAAAAACCUCAUAAGUGUACUAUGUGUGAGAAUAGUUUCAGGACAAAGGCAGAACUCGCCCUUCACCAGAUCACACAUACUGGAGAAAAACCGCACGUGUGCUAUCAGUGUGGAAAAAGCUUUAGUCAAAUGUCUGAUCUCAAGAAACACCAGAGGAUCCAUACAGGGGAAAGGCCAUAUCCGUGUACUAUAUGUGGGAAGAGUUUCAAGAGGAGCACACAUCUAACCUCGCAUCACAUAACACACAAGAAGAAAGCCACCAAGAAACAAUAAAAAAGACUGUAUGAUUAAGUCAUUCACAUACCUUUUUAUGUUCAACAGCAUACAACAUUGAAGCCAAAGGUUCAUCAGAGCAUAUAUCCAAUUGUUAGAGAUUAAUGUUCCAAAUAUAUAACAAGUGAAUUGAUAAGACCCUUGAAAUGAAAGCCACGUGUUCAGAGAAAAGCAUUGGCAUGACUGU